AUUCUUAACUCUUCUGCUUUUUGAUUGUGAAUGCGACGUAGCUUCAAGGUUGAAGACAGAGUGCACGUGGAGGGAACUGGGUGCUCACCGCCAACAUUUUGGAUGCUGAUACACGAAGGAUGUAAUGUCUGAAUGGAAAAGCUGUAACGCGCCAACAACCCACAGAGAGAUGAUUCACAGCGAAUAAAAGAAUGUGUUUCCAUUUGCAAGACCUGAGGACUAAAACUGUUCCAUCCUAAGAUACCUGCUUUCACAUAUCCCAGCAUGCAGUGGAAGGGAGGCAGAGCAAGUGUCCACUUUGUCACAGUCACGUCUCACAUUCAGACAGACAACCACAUCUAUUGCACAAGAUCGAUUCAGAGUUUCAGAUAUGCCUGAUCUGCCUGUUUUCUGGAUGAAGUGCUUCUGAGACUGAAACUCUGGAGGUCUGUCUUCAACUUCACUGAAAUAGAACAUUAUUUAUCUCUGUGGGAUGCUGUAGGGAACAGGACUCUAGUGGCACAGCAUGAUCUGCUUCUCACCAUGAUGGUCAACAUGGAUGCUCACCCAUCACCAGACUACAAACAGCUCCCCUGAUACAAGCUUCCUGUUGGUUCACAGGGCAGCUUGUCUUAACAGUUAACAGUAAAACAGCCCCUGGCUUAAGAUGAACUCAACCAACGUAAGCUGUGAAGAAGAUGAUCUACAUAAAUACCAACACUAUGUGUAUGCAGUGGUGUACAGCGUGAUCCUAGCGCCAGGCCUGCUGGGUAACGUGCUGGCGCUGUGGGUGUUCAGGGUUUAUAUCAAAGAAACCAAGAAGGCUGUGGUGUUCAUGAUGAAUCUGGCUAUGGCCGACCUGCUGCAGGUUCUCUCUCUGCCUCUGCGGAUCUACUAUUACCUGAACGGAGCCUGGCCCUUUGGUCAGUCUCUCUGCAUGAUCUGCUUCUACCUGAAGUACGUCAACAUGUACGCCUCUAUCUACUUCCUGGCGUGUGUCAGCGUGCGCCGCUGUGAGCUCAUCAUGCGACCACUGAGGUAUAACUCAUCCAGGAGAAAAGGAGACAACUUAAUAUGUGGCCUCGGCUGGCUGUUGGUCUGCCUGGGCUGUCUACCAUUCCCUCUGCUGAGGAAUCCCAGCGAUAAAACAAACCUUAACUCUAGUCAUGGUAACCUCACCUCAGUGUGUUUCUCAGAGCUGCCCAUGCAGGAUAUCAGUACCCCAGCAGCCUUGGCCCUCUUAAUCAUAGCUGAGCUGCUGGGCUUCAUCAUCCCGCUCAUCCUGGUGAUAGCCUGCACCUGCCUGACUGCUGGGAGCCUUAAGAAGUCAACAGUGGGGGCGGUUUCUGACCGAGGGGAGAAGCGUAGGGCGUUAAGGAUGGUGCUAAGCUGUGCUGUGGUCUUCUUAGUGUGCUUUGCUCCUUACCAUAUCACUAUGCCCCUGGACUUCAUGGUCAAGGCCAACACUUUCAAAGACUGCAUCCUCAGGGACCUGAUUCAAAGAUCUCACCCUGUCACACUCUGCCUGGCCAGCCUGAACUGCUGCUUGGACCCACUCAUGUACUAUUUCACAACGGAUGAAUUCAAGCGGCGACUGAGCAAGCCAGAGAUAACAGAGAGCAUGACUUUCACCAGGCGUUUGUCCUGCAUAGCUGGAGAGGACUUACAAGAUGAGUAGACUACAGUCAUUCUCUCUAAACUCACCCACUAAACCCUGAGAUGAAAUCUAUGCGUUCCUACAACAGAGGAAAACGUCAUUUACAUGUAAGACAGUAUGUGAGUUUCAAAAUGGGAACUUUUUCUAUUUAUUUUUUCAAUAAAAGGUGUGUUUGCUCUUUCUAAAUUUAUAUGGCCCUGGUGAAGAGUGAGCAGUUCCUGUUAUGAGGGAUGAACCUGCCAUCAGUGCCAACAUCUCUAAUAGGCAUCAGGAAAUACAGAAUACCGGAAAACCUCUGAAGCAGCCACAGUUUUCCACUAGAGACUCUCCAGUUUUAUGACAAGCUCACAGCUUGCAGAGGAUGAUAAAAGCGUUAAUGUUCCAAAGUGCUGUUUUCAUUGGCGCUGUGAUAAUAAAGCAAACUGCAAAAAUAUUCAGUAGGUAAAGAAACAGCUUUAUUCAACAACAAAGUGAGAUUCGGUUCAAUAGCUGCACACAACAUUGUUUUUUUGUUGAUCUAAUCUUCUUAAUCGUCUGUUAAAAAGCUGAGACAGAAACAUUUUCACACGCUCACUUCCUGUCUGAUUGUCUUUCUAUGCAGGCAUCACGUGGGAAAGCAUUGAAAAUUAUUUUGGAGGUUAGUUGGCAAAAGGUCUUUUUUUCCAUACUUGAGGGUUUGCUGAAGUUUUUUUUUUUCUUUUACAAA